AACGAGUGCGCUGUCAUACGGUUGGUUGACACGACGAGCGAGCGCAGGGUUGCUUGUAGACAAGUGAGACUGAGAUAGACGUCUAGAAGAUAGUGAUGUGGAACAAUGUGGUGUAGUGAUAUAGCCGUAGUUAAUGCUAGUAAUAGUAAUAAAAAAAAAAAUAAUAAUAUGAUAGGUAAAAAAUUGACAAAUCUAUCAAUGGAGCGAUUUUUAUGGAUUUCUGUGAUAUUUAUUUUUUACACCAUAUCGCCGUGUACGUCAAAUAUAUCUGAUAAACGGCUGUGCUACGACCCUGAGUGCUCUGUUCCAGUUUCUCUGGCUAAGACCGUAAUGAAAUAUCACUCCAAUGAUCCCCAGAUCUUGUCUUUUGAACCCAACGUUGAUGUUACGGUGUUUAGUAAAAGCGCUGGUAGUCGUGAUGACUUGUGGGGUGUUGAAAUCGCUGGACGAAGAGGAUACGCUCCGGUGGGUUUCAUUCGAGAAAAAAAGGUACUGAAGAAGGAUUUAGAACAUGAAGUCCCGACAGAAGUCUCUAAUUCUUCGGAGUUUGAGAGUCAGAAUGGACAAAAAACACAGGACUCGGUGAUUAAUAGCAAUCCGGAGGUGAAAAAUUCAAUGGACUCGAUUUCUCCGGUUGUUGAAAAUGUUUCCCCGUCGUUUGAGAUCAUCGAUGGCACGACGAUUGAUCAUCGACCUGAUCAAAGACGGGAAGCUGAUAAUUUUGCUACUAGGAUUAUUGAAUCUGCGGAUAAGGAACAACCGGUGUUAACGGUUCAUCCUAAUUUGAUAUCUACUCAGGCUUUUGAUGAUAAUUCUGCAACGGCGAUGCGGGAAAAUAGUAGAGAGAUUGAAAGAGUUAAUGAGUUUGGUAAUUUGGAAAAUAGAAACCGAAAUUCCGGUUUUGAUGAUAAUAAUAAUAAUAAUAAUAAUAAUAAUAAUAAUAAUAAUAAUAAUAAUAAUAAUAAUAAUAAUAGUAAUAAUAAUAAUGAUAAUAAUAAUAGUAACAACAAUAAUAAUAAUAAUAGCAACAAUAACAACAACAACAACAACAAUAAUAAUAAUAGUAAUAAUAAUAAUAAUAAUAACAAUAAUGAUAACAGAAGUAAUAAUGAUAACAACAACAGUAAUAAUUAUAACAACAACAACAACAACAACAACAACAACAACAACAACAACAACAACAACAACAGCAAGAAUAAUAAUGAUAAUAAUAAUAACAACAAGAAUAAUAAUGAUAAUAAUAAUAAUAAUUAUAACAAUAAUAAUGAUGAUGAUAAUAAUAAUAAUAAUAAUAAUAACAACAAUGUUGAUGGUCAGCAAAAUAUUGAAAAAGAAUAUGAUAGUCAAAAGGUUGCUAACAAUAUGAAUGAUAAUUCUCGAGAAUUAAAUGAAGGGUUUAAUGAUGCAAGUAAAGAAAAUAAAGAAAAAGAAAAUGUAGAGGCUGAUAACACUUUUACUCAAGUUUUGGGCAAAGUCUCGUCUUUGUUUGACAGCUUUACGACUACUGAAUCAUCAGAUUCAAAGCCUCAAGAAAUUCCUCCAACUGGUACUCCUCAAAAUGUUGAAAAUAUGAAUCCUCAGUCGGAGCAAUUUGCUGUUACGGAAAAGAUGAAUUACGCUGAUUCAGAAGUAUCUCAAGAAUCAGAACAUCAGCCGGGAAAUCAAGCACAAUCUGAUAACUUUGCAGGGAAUCAACAGGCUCAAGUUAAUUCGAAUAAUCAAGGAAAUGGUGGAGAGUCUAAUAAUUUUGUAGAGAAUCAAAACCGUCAGUUUAAUUCAGAAAAUCUUUCAGGAAACCAAGACCAACAUAUUAACUUAGGGAAUCAAGUUCCAUUUAAUUCACAAAAUCAAGAAAAUUUAGCAAAUACUAAUAAUUUUUCAAACAACCAAGAAAAUCGUGGAGACUCUAACAAUUUUUCAGACAAUCAACAAGCUUCAUUUAAUUCUGAAAAUUCUCCAGAAAAUCAAGGAAAUUCAGGAGAGAAUAAAAACAAUAAUAAUAUCGAUAAUAAUAAUAAUAACAAUAACUACAACGAGAAUAUUAACAAUAAUAAUAAUAAUAAUAAUAAUAAUGUUUCUGAAGAAAAAAAAGAAUAUUACAAUAGCGAAGAAAUAAAUACAUCACAAAAUCCUUCUGAAAACCAAGAGGAGUUAAACGUUCAGCCUGACAUCUCUAAACAGGAUGAAUUUACAGGCUCGAUCGACGAUUCAAUUGAUCAGACCUCAAGCUUCAAUGAACUUCAAGCUCCUAGAAGUUUAUUGAAUGUUAAGAACGAUCCGUCUUCAACCGAUCACUCCACUGAAUUCACGGAAUCCCCAGAAAAUAAUUCUGAAGAUUUUGAGCCGACUACUGCAACUUAUGAGGAAUUUAUAACUUCAACCAGCCCACCAGAAGAAUCCCAAAAUAUUCCAGAGUUUACAGACCCGACUGCUGAUUCAGAAAGCGAAGACACGGCAAAUAUUGAAGGCUUGGAAUCAGAAAUGUCUUCAGAUGUUUGCCAUGUCAACGGAGAUUGCGAGCAACUUGAAAAUCAAAACCUUUCGUCAGAGGAUUCUUCUGAAGAGUAUGAAAUAUUUAGUUCCUUUGGGACUAAAAAUUACUGGGAAACUUUGUCGUACUUAGCUUUGACGGCCUUUACUACCUUACUCUUCUCCUUGGGAUACUUUUACUUUGAAAAUUCUCGACGAGAUGGACAAUUGAUUGCAAAAAUAAACAAGCUUGAAAAAGAAUUACUUGUAGCUACUAAAGAAAAUACUGUUCUAGAUGAUUCAUUAAAAUCGACUAAAACUAGAUUGGAUUCAAUUGAAGAUGAGUCUUUUGGUUCCAAUGAAAUGGUUACAUCUCUAAAAUCCGAGUUAGAAGCAGCGAAUGAAACAAAGAUAGAGUUAGAAAAUCAAAUCGCAACUUUAGAAAAAGAUUUAGAAAGUGCAACUGAAGCUGGUUUGGAAUUAGAAAGAAUGUUAAGAGAAAUUCUGGCUUCGAAUAAUCAAGAAAAUCCUCUUGCUAAGUCUAUCGAAGAUUUACAAAGCCGUUUGAAUGCUCAGCAGACUAUCAAUGAUUCUUUGAAAAAUGCACUGUUGCUUAAAACUCAAGAGCAUGACAUUGGUAGAGUCGAGAUUGAAUCUCUUACUGCUGAGCUUGCUGGUACAACUAAAAAGUAUGAUCAAUUGGUGAUUGAUUUUACGCGAGUAGAUGAAGAAUUAAAACAAGUAACCAAGUCGAAAAGCGAUAUCGAAGAGAAGUUGACGAAGAAAAUACAAGAAAUUGAGAAACAACUGGCAGAUGUAUCAGCAGAAAAAAUAGUUAUGAACAAACAGUUGAAAGAAAAAAAAAUGGAGUUGAAAGAUUUGAAACAGAUUGUUAAAUCAAACUCUAGUAAUAUUGAUUUGUCUAAACUAGCAGAUGUAUCACGAAUUAAAGCAGAAGCUGAUAUGCUGAAAGAAGAACGAGAUGAAUUAAAAGCUAAAUUGGGUGAUGUUGAAGGCGCUCAUCAACUUCUAGAAGAACACAUGAAAAUGAUUAACGAAGAAGUAGUGUCACUAAGCGAGCAGUGUAAAAUAGCAAUUAAAGAAAAAGCCGAGGCUGAAACUCGUCUGGAAGUCCUAACUAAAUUUUUCAAUGAAAAAGAAGCCGAGCGCCAGAAGGAAGAAGCUAUGUGGUUACAACAACAAGGAGAAGUUUCAACUACUAUCGACAGAUUACACAUGAUGCAAAAUGAGAUCCAUAAUUAUAAACAACAAAUUGAAACACUUAAACAUGAAAUAUUGGAUCAAGAAAAAGAAUACAAGAAGCAAAUAGCUGAUUUAGAAGCCAAGUCUCAUGAAAAUUGGGUACGUGCUCGACAAAAUGAACGUCGUUUAGAAGAAUCAAAAGCUGAAGCAAGCCAGCUACGUAAUAGAUUAACUCUUAUCGAAAAGAACUUCAGCGACACUGAUUCUGAUAUAAAAACACAUCGAAUGGAAUCAAAUGGCGAGACAGCAACGUCACCUCAAUUAUUCUUAGCGGAGUCAUCAAGCUCACCAAUAAUGUUCGCGGGUUCAUCGAGUAUGCCGCCGCCUCCUUUUUUACACGGACCUUUGCCGCCGUAUAUGCACGCAAUGCCCCCGCUGCCAGGAUAUGACGUAGGGCAACGACCUCCACCGCUGGGUGGCCGGUUAUCCUCACCUCCUUUAGUGCCAGGACCGCUGGCUGGUCCACCACCUCCAUUACCACCCUCCAACACCAGUAACAGUAGGUUUAAUCACGCUAGUUCCUCGCCUCCAUCGCCACCAAUUUCACCAGGUCUUCCAUUACCUCAUCCUAAUUCUUCUCUACCAGGCCACUAUCGUCCCACUCAGCCGCCACCGCCACCACCGGUUCUUUUUCCCGGUGACCGUAUACCACCAGUACCUCUACCUUCGAUGCUACCACCACCAGGAGCGGGCAAUUCAUCCUGGAGUGACGAAAAACUGCCCUCCCGCAACAAUGGCGGAAGCUUUCAUCCUUUUCAACGUGAUCAGCGCGAUUUUAGUAGCAAACAUUUGAGUAGUGACAAAAGACAGUCAAGUUAUGAUCAACAUCGCGACAAGUACUCAUGAUAAAAAUUUAUGCUCAUCUCUACACGAAAAAAAUAAGAUGACACUGGAUAUCAUUCUAAAUUAUACUGAGU